AUGGCACCUCCGCGCUUGAUGGCCAAUUGCAAUGCAAAUAUUGUUGCGGCAAUGAAGGAGUUUGGGGUUCCAAAACUCGUUGUUCUGCAAGCUUUUGGUGUUGGUGAUUCCUGGCCCAAUAUGCAUUGUGUGCUACGCCUUCUGAUGUCCAAGUCCAACAUGAGCCAUCAAUAUCUCGAUCACAACCAGGCUGAGCAGGAGGUCCGGAAUUCUGGAGUUACCUACGUUUUGGUCAGACCAUCCCGGUUAGUGGACACGGACACGGAGAAAGUAAAAGUGUGGCCGAAUCAUGGCAAAGGAGUGCCAUUGAUGGCCCAAACCAGUCGCAGAAGCGUUGCUUCUUGGCUUGUUGAUGCUACAGAGACCGACCAGUGGGACAAUACCGAGCCCGUAAUCACCAACUGA